GCAAAUCAUCACGCCUGCCGUGAAAAGAUGAUGUUGUUUCAGAAGGAGCAGGAGCAGAGGGCGCAGAACGAUGAAGAACUUACAAUGCCCACUUUAUCCCGCAGUCUACAAUGUUGACUCAAAGGUUCUCACCACCCACGUCUCCACAGGCGUUCCCUGUACUUCCCGGUCUACACUCAUUUGGUGGUUAUCAUCUGAUAUCAAUAUACGGUGCUGGGACACUUUUCUGAAUGAUAAUAGGCCCAACACCUCUGGACACCAGGCUCAUGGAUCGUGAUCCAAAUCCACGGGGCAACCUCCCACUAGGCUCCUACUAUUCGCACCCAGCCCUUAGUCUCUCCAACUUCUCACACCAACGAUCAAUCUCAACAAACAAGCAAAGGCUAGUCAAGAGCCCCGAAAAGAGCUUGUGCCACGACUGGGUUUUCUCUACUGCCUCCAAUGCGCACGUGGCCAUUGACCGUGCUUCUUUUCAAACAUACACUCCUUUCAAGUCUUAUGUGCUCACCUUUGCAGAACAAAGACAAGUUGCCGUCGAAGGAAUAGGCUCAGUGGAGAUCAAGAUUCGCAAAGCGUCUAGGAGCCGCGAAGGCCACAAGAUUACACUCGAAAAUGUGCUCCAUGUUCCAGAGUGGCUUUGCAACAUCAUGUCCGACAUUGUAUUUACCCCUGAUAAAGACUAUGAUCACACCUGGACCAGGCUCGGUGUCAACUUUUUCAAAUUUGAAGGAGGAAAGGCGAGAUCGUGGGGAUUCACCGAAGAUUUCUGUGGCCUUGAUCGGCUGGUGUUGAGCAGACCUGUGCACGGCCGGAGCCCGAUGCUUGAUGAUCCCGGCCGAGAGGUCUUCUCUGUGAGUCUAACCUGGCCGCAGAGCCAGAUUGACAAGUGGGAGGAGAGCGUCGGCAUCAGUCCAAAUCGGAAUACGGCCGAGCUUGAAGGGGUGACGACUCAGACAGAGCAAAUAGCAGUCCAAGAUGAUGAACCACAGCACCAGUCUGGCCAUGGUCAAGACAGCCUUGACGCAGGUUCAGACCUGCUGAAAGCUCACAGAAGACAAGUCAAGAGCCUGGAGAACACCAGGUGGAAAGUCAUGGCGGACCUCAAUGCUCUGUCUGCGCAUAUGAAGAAGCAUUCCAAGAGCGGGCUGUUUGAACUUGAAGGCAACUGCGACUUUCUGAAGCGGGUAUCAAGUUUGAACUUCAGCCAAUAUCAGAGCAGGGAGUAACGGCAGGCAGUGGAUGAGUCGCCCAUUAGGCACAUUAGGAAAUGGUCAGCACAACCAAAG